GCAGUUUGGCUGACAGAGGCAGUCUUCGUCGCGCUGCCAGACGGUAUGGCCGCGGUGCGUCAGGUUUUCACCUCACUCUUGAAUAAUUCGAAGUGAUUCGUAAGAAAAGAUGCAUCCGGCCUUCGUGAAUUAAAAGAAACUACCAAUAAGAUACGAAGCUGUAAAUAACAAGGAUUUUAACGACGUUCAAUAUUCCUGUCAUACAAUUUACCACGAAAUAAUGAGGAAGCAUCGAUAAACGUGCGGCAAGAAGUAUUCAAUAUAACGUACAGCGUCUAAUGAUGUGAAAAAGGGCAGGAAACGCUCUAAAAAUAUCUACUUCAAUUACGCACUACGAUAAAAAUUUCUCUGGCGCUUCCUGGAAGAUCGCUUACUUACUUCAUACUCUUGCUCGUCAUGCAUAUAAUGAUAAUAAAGGUUGGCGCGCAAACAACAUAGAACAAAUUUCCAGAAGUUAUCCAGCAUGUUCAACUCUACCCAAAUAUCCUUGACACAGUAUAAAUAGCGAAGGCUAAAAAUACGGCAUCUACACCUAUCCGAUUGAUCAUAUCCAUUUAAGGAGAAAUUGCCACAAACGCAUUUGGAACCAAGAUUAUAUAUCUGUAUUUCGAUAAUGUAGUCACCCAAUCAGCCGCUAAUCUUACCUUGCAAGAUAACAUUGCGAUUCGCGGCGACUUGAAUGUUGGCCGUUUGAUUUUUAUCACGGCUUUAACAUUAUUUAGGCCAGCUUACGUCACGCAAUGGAGAGAUUGCAUUCGUGAUACAAUAUGUUGUCGCAAAUGAAGAACACUUCCGCAGGGAAACUGGAAGGUAAACGUCCAAAGGAACUAAUGUCGUCCUCCAGUCUUUCCGGGAUGUCUCAGUUGUCCAACAGCAGCGAAGAGGCCCUAGUGCCUUUUGUUCAUAAGCCGCACAACACCGAUGAGUCCGAGAGCACGGCAAAGGAUAAAAGUCCGCCCGGAAACGAAUGGAUCUUGACUGGACCUAAUGGGAACAAGGCAUCCGUGUUACGUUUCAAGUGUUCCGCUCUGGCUACUCCACCGGAAGAACCGCCAGCUAAGCAGCUUCAUAUGACGUAUAAAAUAUUUCAAACAGACACCAAACUCAUCAACCUAUUACUUCAGUCCCAUGGAUUUUCCGAAGUUCCGAUGAACGAAACGGACUUCAAUCUUCUGUGGAUGGGUAACCAUCCUAAACCGGACGUUCUCCGAAAUCUCACGGCUUAUCAGAAGGUGAAUCAUUUCCCGAGGUCUUACGAAAUAACUCGCAAGGAUCGCUUGUACAAAAAUAUCGAAGCGAUGCAGAGGAGCAAAGGCGCGCGAAACUUGGAUUUCAUACCGCAAACGUUUCUUCUGCCGAGCGAAUAUAGGGAAUUAUUAACGGCCCACUUCAGGUAUCGUGGGCCCUGGAUUGUCAAACCAAAAGCCAGUUCUCGCGGUCGUGGUAUAUACAUUGUUAACAGUCCGGAGAAGAUUCUAACCGAUGAAUCCGUAAUAGUUGCGCAAUACAUAAAUAAUCCACUACUCGUCGAUGGGCACAAGUGCGACUUACGUCUUUACGUGGCCGUUACUAAUUAUGAUCCUCUUUUAAUAUAUCUCUACGAGGAGGGUCUGGUUAGAUUUGCUACAGUCAAGUACGAUGGUGGAAAUCAGUAUGUUUGGAAUCCUUGUAUGCAUCUGUGUAAUUACAGUAUCAAUAAGUUCCACGUUGACUAUAUUAAAAGCGAAGAUCCGGAUGCUGAAGAUGUUGGACAUAAAUGGACGCUGUCGGCGCUGCUUAGGCAUUUGCGUUCAACCGGUCAGGAUACUGAAUCGUUAAUGCAACGAAUAGAGGACGUUAUUAUAAAAUCAAUUCUUGCCACUGCUUCCGGUAUCGUUAGCGGUGUCAAGCAAUUCGUGAAGCACUCAGAUACGUGUUUUGAAUUGUUUGGCUUUGACAUACUUAUCGAUGACACGUUAAAACCUUGGCUGCUGGAAGUCAAUCUGACACCAUCACUCGGUUGUGAUUCUCCAUUGGAUGUCAGAUUAAAAUCUGCCCUGAUGGCAGAUCUUCUCACUCUCGUAGGUAUUCCUGCUGUCGAUCCAAUUUUAAGACCACAAACUACUCACACACGACUUGCCGUGAAUCCUAAUAAGAAAAUGACUAGCUACAGAAGAGUGCAUUCUGCUGAGACGUUAUCGCAAAAAAAGAAAAUUGCAAAAAGCAAUAUGAAUAAAUCAGGUCUCAGUUCGGAGCAGCAAAGGAUCGUUGCAUCUGCGAGGGCUCAAUUUGAACGUAGAGGAGGAUUCGUACGCAUAUUUCCUAGUCCAAAAUCGUGGGAGAUGUAUUCUCAGUACUUAGAUCCCUCCACGGGAAUACCGGUAGUGACUGAUCCUCUGGGACCAGGAAGAGUACCACAGCAAGUUAAUACAAAUCAUAAUUUGAUGCUGCACGAGCAACUAUUUCCAGCUGCUAGUCGCGCCACUGAUUUCAUAAUUCCAGAAGUGACAUUGGAUAGGCUAUCUAGAUAUGAGAGGUAUGAGAGAGCAUUAGUGAAAGGACAUAAACAAAGUUUGGACCGCGGUGAUAGUAAAGAGAAUAUGGAUGUAGAUACGCACAAACACAAGGCUCAAGUGAUGCAGUUGAUGCAAGACGGAAAUAAACUUAGUCCUGGCGAAGCUAGAAAGGCCUUUGGAUUAUAUUUAGGAUACACACUACGUAAGAUAUCACAACCCAAUGCUGAUCCAGCCUGUUGUGAUCUUGUGAUGAAGUUCCUCCAGCAAUCAGCCAGCAAUUUGAGAACACCAUUCUUGUUCACUCUGCCCAGUAGUAAGUUGAGUGACAAGGAUAGGGCUGCUAUAACUGCGAAACAGUUAUCCGAUUUUUUACAUCUGUACAAUAGGGAAACGGAUUUGUACGCAGACACCGUCGAUCGACCUCGUACUGUUCCUAAUAGACUUUUUCAAAAAUUUCUUGCUUCAGCAAGCGAGGAGGAUCUGGACGACGUACUAAUCCUACAAACGCGGCUAUAUAAUUGCGCUCACAGCUUCUUGGGUAGAAGUGGUUUUGCCGGUAGCCUACGUGGUCCUAAUCUCUUGGGCUCGUUACCGCACAUCACAUCACGAGUACAUUCUAAUGCAGCUACAACCGAACAGUGCAAAUGUAACCAUCCCAAUAACCGAACGAGCAAAGUCCCACGCACAUAGUUUCGCCACAUUCGUGUUCAAUUUUUCGUGAUUACUUAAUAUAACUUUUUAAUAUCGUUGAACGAGCCACACCCUUAUGAGUGAGGGAGAGGGGAACGUUCUUAAAAUUUUCCAAUUAUAUCAGCGGCCAAUUAGAAAAGGGAGAGAAAUAUCCAGAUAAAAUGAGGGAUAUUUAUGCGAAAUACUUUAGUACAUAAUAUUUUUUAGAAACUUUAAGUCUCGAAAUACGUUUCAAGAACGUCAUUGCUGUUGCCAAUGUGAAAUCAAGUAUAAUUGAUAUGGCAUAACUGAUUGAAAAUUAACUGCGUUUAGUCAUAAUUACGAUCUUUGAAAAUAGAGUCAGAGUCAUUACCUUGACCUAUCUUAUUAUUACACUCGGCGUCAAUCCAUUGGCAGCAGCUCGGCGUUUAACGUGCUGAGGUAAUAUUUCAAUUCCAUAAGCUAGUCUUCGCAAUCGUCGAUAUUAAAGGUAAUGUUACAAUAUUAGCGAAAUCUUUAAAAUAGAUUAAAAGAAUUUUAUAGUUACAUAUGGGAAUGGCCAAUGAGAUUUUUCGGACGUCUUCGAGGACAGUGUGUGUUGUCUUCAAACGAAGAUACCGAUAAUAAGUCAACCAUAAAAUUUUAUCUAAUGACUAUUACUAUUUCCUAGUCUAUAACGGCAGACGAAUGAUUCACUAAUAUAAUAACUUCAUAUUAACGCCAUAGGACGUGCUUUUCCUAUAAAAUUAAAAACGAGCCAAUCUAGUAUAAUACACGGGGCUCGCUGGUAUGCAUAAUGAAAUCUGAAAUAUUUUUUUAAACUGAGCCUCGACCCUGGUACUGUUAAAGACAUCUAAAGCUUAAUGAAACUUAAUUCUCACAAAUAUUAUAAGAAUUUUCUCAGUAAUUUUUCAACGCUUUCACUUGGAAUUUAUUACUCGAUAUUUCACAUGCACCAGAAUCAUUCGUAUUGCUGGCUGUUACACUUUACCGGCCUACAAUGACUACAAUCAUUUAUUCUCACUAAGCACAAUGGUAGCGAAACCGUUGUAAUUCAUGACAGGCAUUGCGAUUCUUCGAUAUUUCUAUAGACAACGUUCCUAUUACAAUAUUUUUCUUCCAAUCGAGCAAAUACAUUAUGCUAACACCAAUCAGUCGAUCAAUCAAUAAUUGUUACUAUCAGCUGCCUCGUUUUUGCUUCUACUCGCAGCAGAAGUAACAAGAAUUCGCGACGAUAAGCAAAUAAAUUGGUAAUAAACUUACUUAAUGUAUUCGAUCCAUCUUUCUAUUGAGAUAUUAUCAAUUAGGCGAGUUUAAAACUCGCGAGAAGUGCGAUACUUCGUUAUCUCUUUCAAGUGGUUUUUUACCGCCAGAUACUUUCUCGUAAACUGCGAAUGAACUUACAAUAGUAUUAAUCCUAUUAAUAUUUAUUUAAACACGUUUCCGCUACGCGUGACCAGCUUAAGUAAUUCAUAGUGCGAACGUAGUUAUUCGUAAGCUUACAAUUCUUGUGUGGUAAAUGCCACGAUUGGCAGGUACCAAUCCAAAUGAAAAAACAAGUUUUCAUAAAACAUCCACAUCCAUCCACACACAUCCGUCUGUAAUAAACGUGGGGUUUAGUCAGGUCGUAAUAAAAAGCAUUUAUAUUGAUAGAUACGUAUUAACCAGCUUGAUCAGUUCAAUUCGAAAUUUAAUUUCACGAAUUCAAUUUCCAAAACUUAUUGAUCUUCUUCGUAUACUGUGAUAUUUAUAGCUGCUUGUAAUUGUAGAGGCCAAUUUUAAUUCUUAAUUCGCAUUUAAACCAACCGUAGAAAGAUGGUCGAUUAAUUUAGAGAACGUUUUUCUGUAUAAUACCUUAAUUUGCUAUAUGAAAUACGGUCGGGAUCGAUGCACAAACGUUAAAUUGAAAAUAGCGGCUAAAUUAAUUGUGCAAAAGUUUACGCAACAAUAACACAAAAACGAUUCAGCUUAAGCUAGCGUUGUUAAUAAAGUCUAACGUAAUUGUAUAGUAAGUAACAAUCACUAAUAUAACAAUUUUACAACGAAGAUGUUCAAACUGCACAUAUAAUUAUUUAUUUAUUACGUCAUUGAUAUAUUUGUAUACAUGUAGGUAUCGUAUGGUUAUUCAUCAUUUUGUAACACUGUACUUAAUGAACGAUGUUAUGCCUCUGCCUCGUUGGAGGAAUCAAUACAAUGCUUAUAUUUGGUUAUCUGGCCAUAUUUAUACUAACGUAUCUUUAACCCACGAUAAAAAUAUGAUUUUUAUAGUAAUCGAUUAUUAUAAUUGCCUGCUAUAAAUUAAUGUUUUCAAAGCAAUGAAGUGCAAUGUUUGUUAUACAAGAGGUUAUAAUAUCAUCAUAUGGUACAUGCGAUUAAACAUCUUUAUUCGUAUUUUAGAUAGGCCUCCAUAAAUGAAGUUUUAUAAUUAGUUUCAUAAGUCUUAUAACACAUCGACGUCUUUUCGACAAUUUUAACGUACUUUAUAUAUUCACUUAUUUAUUUCGAAUUAGUCGAUAAGACGGUAUAGAUCAAAAUACGUCGCAUUAUGCCCAUUCGCCGCUCCACUUCUGUUCCGUACGAAUAAAAAGGUAAAUGUCAAAUGACGAUCUAAUGCCGAAGUAAAAUAGAUUGAUUCGAGGGAAGAAUGAAAUUGCUAUUUAUAUUUUGUUGAUGUCACUUAAAAAUCUUUAAGUUUUACAAGUCGACUAGGACGACGAAGAUUACGAUUUGCGAUGUUGUGUAUCAAGUUAUUAUUUAUAUUUCUUUAUAACGCGUUGAAGUAAUAUAUUUUUUUGUAUUGUGUGUCCGUAACACCCAUUAUAAUCCUGCCAAUCCGCGCAGUAUUUAUAAUAAAAUACAUAUAUGAGAUGUGCGCGCGCGACAUUUUACUUAAUUUCACAGUGUAAGAGAUUGAGGUUUCAUUGUAGCAAUUUUCCCUAUGGACAAUUGUCGGUUUUAACGUACCGUUGUUUCGUAUUAAUAUUAAAGGGAUCUUCUUUUAGUUCCGCGUCUUACAGUAUUCUUCGGGUCUGGCACUUUUAUUAGCAAGAAAUGAAAAUGGCAAUUCGUAUUGUGAGGGAAACAACUCAGACACUUACCACGAGCGAAUUAUGUCCCAAAAUGCCUUUUUAUUGUAUACGUUAUAAAAGUAUAUACGAAUAAUUAGGUCGAUAGAAUGCUUGGCUCGCAAGAAGUCUGCUCUAAGCAAAGGGGAUGGCACCCCAUCUAAUUUUGAUAUAUCCUGUUUGCUUAGUAUUAUUUUCCGUUUACACAUCUCACUGUAUGAGGGUUUGCGUGACGGAUAAUUAAGGCAUUCUUCAUUAUUACAUAUUGCAAUAAUCGUUUGCCGCAUUGUAUUAUCUAUAUUUUCAGUGUCGCUUCGUGAUUUUGGUGAUUGUUGUAUAGGGAGGGACGUUGAGUGAUAUCGUAGCUACUAAUCCUUUAGAGUACCGGCGCAAAUUCUUGUCAUGUCUGGGGAUACACCCCUUACAUAUCAAACAUCACCUUCAAGACGUUAUAACGUCUUUUGGCCCACUAGACGUUAAUCGUUUCUUAUGCUGUCAAAUAAAAAUGAUUCGAGAUGGUUCUUUCUUGUAAACAACUUAUUUUCAAGGUGGACCACCGGAAUUUCUUGUUAAUUAUUUUAUGUUCGUGUUCGAGGAAAUUAUUCCGGAACGAGCGGUUAUGUAAAAAAAAUAAUCACCAAAGUCAAGUAAAGAAAAGUCAUGAAAGUAAAUGAAGAAUUAAAAAUAAAUGGGAAAAUAUGAAUUAGGAAAAUAUCGAUAAUACCUCCGGUGUCGUGCGCGGAUCGCGCGACACUCACUUCUUACCUGUGAUCAGAGAAAUUUGCUAGUCAGCUUAUCAUCUCUAUCGUUAAAAUAUGAAUAACUAGACGAUAGUAGAUUUUACGAUAUCGGCCACUUAAUCUUCGGCAAUCGACAGAUCCCAGUACGUUGAGCUGAACUUGUUGAAAUUUAGUCCUAAUAAAGCUGCUGAAUUUUGACGACUGAGUUACGCGUAACAAUUUUUUGGUAAUAACGCGUAAUACAUUUUUGAAUUGUUAUUACGGCAUAAAUGCGAAUGAUUCAAGAUACAAUUUUUUAAAGAUACAAUUUUUACAUCGUAACGAAUAAUUAUUAAAUGGUUGUUACCGUAACUCAGUUAUAUAGGAUAUCUGUGAAGAUAUCGAUAUACAGUAAAAUAAGCAUUAAUUAUGUACGUCAAUAUUAAAGCAUAUUUUUCCCAAUGUAAGGCAAUGUCUUCAAAUUACAGAUAAUAAAAAUAAAACAAUGAAACAUAA